GAAGUUACUUUCUGGUUGGGGUUUGGGGAUUUACAUAGUAUUUAGGCUUAGCACCAAACUCAUUCAUGUCUAUGAUUCCAUCUUAUUGCUGUUGAUAGUGUAAUAUUAACAUUAACAUGAUGCAUAUGGAAGAUGAGAGAGUAAGAAUGUUGUUUCUUCUGUUGCUGAUGCCACUGCCAACUGUUCUGGGUUGGGGAAAGGAGGGCCACUAUGUCAUUUGCAAAAUUGCACAGGGGUAUCUUAGUGAAGGUGCUCUGUUUUCUGUGAAACAAUUGCUUCCAGAUUCUGCUGAAGGUGAUCUUGCUGCAGUGUGCUCUUGGGCUGACGAGGUUAGGUUUAAUUACCACUAUCGUUGGAGUAGUGCUUUACAUUAUGUUGACACGCCGGAUUUCAAGUGUAACUACGAAUACUUCAGUGAGUAUGUUUGGCCCUUUGACUGUUCAAUGACCACGCACUUUCAAAGUUACUAUGAUGCGACUCUCAUGAUUCUUGAAGGAGACUGCCAUGAUUCUUCCAAGCAUAAACAUAGGUGUGUAACGGGAGGAAUAUACAACUAUACAAUGCAACUUAAAUCAGCUGAUGCUGGAUCUGAACUAAACUAUAAUUUGACUGAGGCACUUCUGUUCUUGUCACAUUUUGUUGGGGAUGUUCAUCAGCCCCUACAUGUUGGUUUCAUUGGAGACCUAGGUGGAAAUUCAAUUACAGUUCGUUGGUACAGAAGGAAAACAAAUCUCCAUCAUGUGUGGGAUGACAUGAUUAUUCAGUCUGCUCUAAAAACAUUCUAUAAUUCAGAUCUUUCUAUUAUGAUACAAGCUAUUCAAAGGAAUAUUACAGAUAAUUGGUCAUAUGAUGUAUCACAUUGGGAACAUUGUGCACACAACUACACUGCCUGUCCAGAUCGGUAUGCUUCUGAAAGCAUUAGUUUAGCAUGCAAAUUUGCCUACAAGAAUGCUACACCAGGAAGCACUUUAGAAGAUGAGUACUUCCUUUCUCGAUUGCCUAUUGUGGAAAAAAGGCUGGCUCAAGGUGGUGUGCGACUUGCAGCUGUCCUCAACAAUAUCUUUGCUUCUAAGACCAGAACUGCUCAAGCUUGAAGACAUCUUCAGGAGUUCAGCAUCCAUGAUAAAUAUUGCUGUCACUUGUGUAUCUACUACCAAAAGGAGAGACCUUGAGUACUCUUCUCUUGCCAACUCUUUUAAUAUAAAGUAGCACAGUUCUUCUUGAUUUGCUGAUAUGCCCGUUCACUGAUGCUAAAGGACAAUUUGCUUGAUUUGGACUAUAAGCACAUUACCUAAAACAUUAUAAAGAGUUUCUAUGUUGUUUGUGA